GAACGGAAUAUUUACAUCCGGUUCCCGAAGAACUUUUACCCGGCGGACGCUCAAAUUUUUAUGGGUCUAAUAUAUACUGCUGUCGAUCGCCAGAAGACAUAAACUAAUAAGUAGUUGUUUGAUAUGGAAUCAGAGGAAUUAACCUGCAAACAGUGCGGUAAAGAGUUCAAUUACAAAAAUGGCCUACUACGUCAUCAAAAACUAACACAUGCUAAAGAGAGAAAGUAUGAAUGCGAAAUAUGUAAUCGUAGAUUCGGAUACAAAAAUAUUCUGUUGGAGCAUCAAAAUAUUCAUUUUGGUAUUAAACCAUAUAAAUGUAGUCUGUGCGAUAAACGAUUUGCUGCACGCUCUAAUCUCGUGCAGCACAGAACUGUACAUAAGCGGCCUCUAUCUUGUACCGUAUGUCCACAACGUUUCCAAAGCGAGGAUGCAUUACAAAGACACAUAAAGGGGCAUCAAGGAACUGUACUAUCUUGCAACUUAUGUUCAUUUUCAACUCCUAAUCAAAUUACGUUAAAUGACCAUAUUCACACAAGUCACGCGACCGAAUUGAAUAAACAAAAGGCAUAUGUUAGUACUCCUGGUAAUUAUGACCGAAAACAACUGCGUCGUAGGUCAAGUUCAAGGCAACAUGCAUUUGACCCAGAUUCAUUACCAACUUUCAAACAAGAUUUUCAGCAUCCAGUAGCAGACGAUGUAAUCACUCAUAACGCUUCCUUUUCUGCAGUUAGCCAAAGCAAUGCUGAGAAUGUAAUCAUUAAAGCAGAGCCGAUGUCGCCAAAGAUUGACAUGUACUUACAGAAUGCAGAGAGCACCAGUGCUAUUGAAAGCGUUCAAAAAGAUAACCCAGUUUUGAAUUUUUCCGAUAUUCAUUCUGUUAGUGAUGAUAGGGUGUCCACUCCACGUUCGUAUUCAUCAAGAGAAGGGGGAAUUGCUGAUUCAACAAGUGGCUUGGCGGAAGUCUUGGCAAGGAUUCACACGUGUAUUCGAUCAUCUGAGGAACUGAACGCACGAACCAUUCCGCGUCUUUCAAUCAAUGUCGACCCACCGAGACAUACACGUGAUUUCAGUUCACAGUUCACGUCCGAGAGGUCAGAUAUUCCUUCUGUACGGGAAAUAAUGUCAUAUCUAGAGGCACAGGGGAAAAUAUUUCGUUGUCACCAUUGUUGCAUUAUGUUUGAAGAUCGUGGAUUGUACAUUCUCCACACUUCGCUUCACGGCCAGUCGAAUCCGUGGCAGUGUAAUGUGUGUAACAAAAUAUGCCUGAAUAAAAACGAUUUUCAUUUGCAUCUAGCCAACCAGCAACAUGAAUGACUUCGUAAACUUUUUCGAUUGUACAACAAUGUAUACAGUUAUGUAGACUAGAACGCUGAUCUGUUAGAAUUUCAAAUAAAAUCAACAGUACAAAA